AUGGAUCAUCAUAGACAGCUUGUCGUUUACGAGCUAACAUUUCGACAAUAUAUUAAUGAAAAACGACUUGCUAAUACAGAAGUAAAUGAAGCUCGUCGAAACAGUACACCAAAUGAUUCAUAUCCUCGUCAAUUAGGACAAUGGUUAAUUAAUUUAUUAAUAAAAUAUUGGAUAUUUGUAUCAUGUGGUAUGCUCUUACUUGUUAGUAUUCAAAAUACUGUUGUGAUCUAUCGAAUUAUUUAUAUGGUAUUUUAUUUAUUGUUUAUUCUUUCAUUUCAAAUUUCAUUUGGAUUUUGGCGAAAAACAGCAGCAACAUUUCAUUUAAUCAUAGUUAUUUAUUCAAUGUUAGUUUUAAUUGGAAUAUAUAUUUAUCAAUUCGAAAAAGUACAUGUAUUUUUAUCAAAAAAAUUUAGUAUACAAUUACUUGCAUCAAUUGGACUUGAAAUUGUUCCAUCAGAUGUUUUAGCACUUAAAUUACUUAUACCAAGUACAUUUCUAGUUGUUAAUAUAAUGCAAUUGUAUUAUUUUCAUUCGGGUUGA